GGUCACCCUAGAUACUCACAAUGUGAGCAACAAUUGCAAAGUCCUAUCCUUCAUCAGUAGGCUGCUUCUCUUGCCCUUCCAGGUAAUGUGGUAUGGGAAAAGGUGUUUGGUAUUUGUUUUGUGGUGAAGGGCAGUGUGUUAAAGGAGGAUUAUGUACUAAACCCAUAAAAUGAUGGUAAGUAAGUGCUCUGAGUAGUUUACCCACUUCUCAUUCUCACCAUAAUAUAUUUAUAAAUCAGUUUCUGAGUGCAUACUGCAUGCCAUUUACUAUAUAGCAAAAUGUCUCUCCACUACCACUAGAUAAGUACAUUGUAAUGGUACCAAUUCAUUUAAUCAAUGGAUCUGACCUCUCCUUACUUGGUUCAUGACUAGUCUGUGAUCUGAUAAUGAUUUUCUUGAAUUUAUUCAUUACUUGAAAUUACUCACUAAAUACUUUCUGCAGAUAAUUCUCAGCCUGUAGAUUCUUUGUGAGCAGCUCACUGAGCGUAUUAAAAAAAUGUGCUAUUUUGAUCAGACACAUAAGCCACAUUGUACGCUUCCAUUUCCUGCCUGGAUGAACAUAACUCUGAGAAGGAAGUUACAGAGCAUGCAUUUAAAAUUUGCUUUCCAUGAAUAUCCUGCAGUAUUCGCUGGAUAUUCACAGUUUCUGUGAACAUUCCUAUCUGUACAUUCAUUUGCUAGAAUAUUCAUCAAAAAAAAAAUACAGAAAGUUGCUGAAUGGGACUUUCAAUUAACUUAGGAGUACACAUCCCAUUGAAAGUCAAUAGGACUUGUGAUUCUACCUCACUUAGGUGCAUUUGAAAAUUCCUCCUGUUAACACAGUUGAAUCACGUUUGUUGAUAAAUUUGAAGGUAUAUUUAUAGAACAUUUUUGUAGGAUUCACCUGGGUCUAUUCUCUGUUCUCUCUACCUGUGUAGGGCUGUCUAUCUGCUGUUUGUUUCUCAUAAUAUGGGCAUGCUCCAUUUCCCAGCACACCUGCAUGGUGGAAAGAUUCACUGUUCUAUUGGAAGUGCUAUUCUUCAAAAUUAAGGCAUUCUCCCAGCAACCCCUGCUGUCUGUCUGUCCACAAGUGUUUUUAUAACCACAAAAUGAUGACUGAGCAAACGUUUCAUUUAGCUGUUCAGAGAACAUCCAGAUCCCUGGGAGAAUUAGAAUGGUCAGACCCAUCCCUACACAGCAAAGAUGUAGUCAUUGUAAAAAUCAGCAGGUUGAUGGUCAGAGAUUGCUCAAGGCACUUAGCCAACUUCCCAGAGAUCCUUGUAAUUCUCUCUCUCCCCCUCUAUGUUGCUAGGAUAUUUGUCAACAGAAUGAAAGUGACAGUUCCUGGGAGAAACUGAAUUUUGUAUUAAGGUUGUCUUGUGUGGAAAAGUGAAGCUGUAUUUCCAGGGGUGAGUCAGAGCUGAAUAGAAUUUGCUUUAUAUAUGAAGUCUUUCAUAUUCCAGGCUGGGUAAGGAUGGGUGAAAACUGGAAGAAGAAUCCUGGUCCCUGUCGUUCUCCAAAAGUUUCAUGCAUACAAGUUCCUCCAUCUGCUCAGGAUACCUACUUACUGAAGGACCUGAAGCGAGGCCAGAAAUGCUACCUCUACAGCAUCAUGAGAGUUUAUGACAGCAAACCUCUGAGGGAAAUGCUGUCGCAUCAGUACAUGCUCAAUCUCCAGCGCCAGAAUUUGCUGGGUCAUAUUACUGAGCAUGAAGUCAGGUUUUACACCUCCUUCCUGGAUCAAGCUGAAGAGAGAGACCCAAUAAAGGUCUCAGCUAGAAACAGCACCUCUCUGAAGUCCAGUGUUGGGAGAACUCAGCUGUAGUUCAUCGAUUCUAAGGCCAGAAGACAUCACUGUGAUCAUCUAGUCUGACCUGCUGUAUAACACAGGCCAUAGAACUCCCCCAAAUAAUCCCUGUUUGAACUAGAACCUCUCUUUUAGGAAAAGAUCCAAUGUUGAUUUUAAAAUUGCCAGUGAUGGAAAUUCCACUAUAUCCCAUGAUAAAUUGUUCCAAUGGUUA